AUGCACAUGUGCAACCAGUCUCAGAGCAUACGAGGCGAUAUGGCUCAAGUACUACUCACCAUCUUUUCCCCAGAAGUUCUGCUCUCACUCUUGCUCUGCUUCUUCGUAGUAGGCCGCUACUACUUGGCAAGACGAUCAGCGAACAAUUGCCAUGACAAUGGCCGCCGCCUCCCACCGUCGCCUCCGAAGCUCCCUCUCAUAGGCCACCUGCACCUCGUCGGCCCCGACCCGCACAUCUCCCUUGCCGAGCUCUCCCGGAAGCACGCCGGCCGCGGCGGCCUCAUGCUCCUCCGCCUCGGCCAGGUGCCCAACCUCGUCGUCUCCUCCCCGAGUGCCGCCGAGGCCGUUCUACGCACGCACGAUCACGUCUUCGCCUCCCGCCCGCCGUCCAUCGUCGCCGGUGUCCUCCUCAGCGGCCCCUCCGACGUCGCCCUCGCCCCCUACGGUGAGUACUGGCGGCAGGCACGCAAGCUCGUCACCACCCACCUGCUGAGCGCCCGGAAGGUGCGCACGCUCCAGGGCGCCCGCGAGGAGGAGACGCGCCUCGUGGUCGUCAAGCUCCGGGCGGCCACGGAGGCGCACUCCGCGGUCGACAUGACCGAGCUGCUCGGCGCCUUCACUAACGAUGUGGUGUGCCGCGCCGUGUGCGGGAAGUUCUUCAGGGUGGAAGGCAGGAACGAGCUGUUCCGGGAGCUCAUCGCCGGGAACGUGGCCGCGAUAGGGGGGUUCAACCUGGAGGACUACUUCCCGAGCUUGGCCAAGGUCGGUCUGCUCCGGCGAGUGGUGCUGGCCAGGACGUGCAGGCUGAAGAAGAGAUGGGACGAGUUGCUCGAUAAGAUCAUAGACGACCACGCAACCAAAUCACCAUGGCUAGUAGGAGGAGUACAACAUCAACACGAUGAGCAAGAUCAAGACAGAGACUUGGUGGAUGUCCUCCUCUCUCUUCAACACGAGUACAAUCUCACUAGAGACAACGUCAAGGCCAUUUUAAUGGACAUGUUUGCAGCGGGAACAGACACGUCAUUCAUUGUCCUGGAGUUCGCCAUGGCUGAGCUCAUGCGGAAGUCACACUUCAUGGCCAAACUUCAGGCCGAGGUGAGGAGCAAGACACCCAAGGGCCAGAAAACAGUCAAGGAGGAUGACCUAAGCGGCAUGCCAUACCUCAAGGCCGUCGUGAAGGAGACGCUCCGGCUACACCCGCCGGUGCCGCUUCUCGUCCCGCGCAUCACCAUGGCGGAGUGCGACGAUGUCAACGGCUAUAUGGUACCGGCUGGGACACGCACCAUCGUCAACGCGUGGGCUCUCUGCAGAGACACCGAGUCCUGGGGUGAGAAUGCGGAGGAGUUCUGGCCGGAGAGGUUCAUGGACGGAGCCAAAGCAGCUGCCGACUUCAAAGGGAGGGAUUUCCAGUUCUUGCCGUUUGGAGCCGGGCGAAGGAUUUGCCCUGGGAUGGGCUUCGGGCUGGCCACUGUAGAGGUCAUGCUCGCCAACCUUGUCUAUUGCUUCGACUGGGAGCUCCCCGACGGGAUGCGGGAGGAGGAUGUUGACAUGGCCGACGUGUUUGGAGUGACGAUGAGUCGGAAGGAGAAGCUCAUUCUUGUCCCGAAAAUACCAUACCACCACUAAAUGCAAGUACUGCAUGCACAGCACACCGUAGUAUAGCUUAAAUUUAUACGAAUUCCGAUAUGAUUUUCCAAUAACGUGGGAGACUACAAUACAAGCUAACCAUAGGUUGCCAAAAUAGAAAAUUGAAUGUGAACCGCCGGAUCUUGGAUGGAUGCCCCAUAUUCUAGUGUAGGAGCUGCUGGAGGGCUUUGUUCAUUUCACGAGCCUGCUCUUAGCCAAUCUAGAGCACCCAUCGAUCCGAGAUUUGAUGGUUACCUUUACUUCUUUUUUUUUGCACCCUAUGGUAAGCUUGUAUUGCACCCUCCCUCCAAAGAUAGGAGGAGGCCUGUCUUUUCAUUAAGGGGAAAGAGUUUAUAUGUACAAGAAACUGUCUCGUUUAAGGGGAACUGAGAGCUCCCGGCAA